AUGAGACUCAUUCGAACCUCAAAACAUAGCACCAAAUCCUCUCUUCUUUCAUCCAAAUCCAAAUCAUCAUUUUCAACUCCCACUCAUUCUUCUUCUCAAACCAUGAAAACAACAAUUAAGAUUUAUGGUGUAUCUCUUUCGCUCAUUCUCAUCAACCUAGCUGCUAUUAUGGAGCGCGCAGACGAGAAUCUUCUUCCGUCGGUCUACAAAGAAGUUAGCGAAGCAUUCAAUGCGGGACCGUCUGAUUUAGGUUACCUCACGUUCAUACGGAACUUUGUUCAAGGACUUUCGUCGCCUCUAGCUGGUAUACUUGUUAUUAACUAUGAUAGACCAACAAUUCUUGCUAUGGGAACUUUCUGUUGGGCUUUAUCUACUGCUGCUGUGAGUGCUUGUCACGAUUUUAUGCAGGUUGCGUUUUGGAGAGCGAUAAACGGAUUUGGUUUGGCAAUUGUGAUUCCUGCGUUGCAGUCUUUCAUUGCGGAUAGCUAUAGGGAAGGAGUGAGAGGUGCUGGAUUUGGAUUGCUAAGCCUUAUUGGUAAUGUAGGGGGGAUUGGAGGUGGUGUUAUGGCUACUGUCAUGGCUGGUCAGACGUUUUGGGGAAUACAAGGAUGGAGAUGUGCCUUUGUUUUGAUGGCGAGUUUGAGCGCGUUGAUUGGAAUCCUUGUUUUGCUAUACGUGGAUGAUCCGAAAAAAAGAUUUUCCCCAACUCAAGAUGCUAGUGAUAGUUCAGAAAGGGGUGAUUCUAUCUAUAGUGGCAAUGCUAGUGUGACUUCAGUUUGGAGGCACUCUUGGGCGGCCACUAAAUCUGUGAUCAGAGUUCAAACAUUUCAAAUAAUUGUCUUACAAGGCAUUAUUGGGUCACUACCAUGGACUGCCAUGGUGUUCUUCACAAUGUGGUUCGAACUAAUCGGUUUUGAUAAUAACACUUCAGCAACUCUCCUCAGUCUUUUUGCUGUUGGAUGUGCACUAGGAUCGUUCAUAGGAGGAUCAAUAGCUGAUCGAUUGUCGCAAACCUAUCCACAUUCAGGUCGAAUCAUGUGCGCGCAAUUCAGUGCCUUUAUGGGCAUUCCAUUCUCAUGGUUUCUUUUAAGGAUGGUACCUCAAUCAGUAACUAGUUUUCUUACAUUUUCGGUCACGCUUUUCUUUAUGGGACUAACUAUAAGCUGGAAUGCUACGGCUGCAAACGGACCUAUGUUCGCCGAGGUAGUUCCGGUCAAACAUAGGACCAUGAUUUAUGCAUUUGAUAGAGCUUUUGAAGGCUCGUUCUCUUCUGUUGCAGCUCCUUUGGUUGGCAUUCUUGCAGAAAAAAUGUUUGGCUAUGAUUCAAAAUCGGUUGAUCCAAUCAAAGGAUCUUCACCUGAGGCUCUUGCCUUGUCAAAGGGACUUCUUUCAAUGAUGGCAGUUCCUUUUGGAUUGUGUUGCUUGUGCUACACACCAUUGUAUUUUAUAUUUAAAAAGGACCGCGAAAAUGCUAGAAUGCAAGCAAUCAAAGAAGAGGAGAUGAUGUGA